UAGCCAAACAAACGUACAGUGAGAAACUGACCCCCUUCACGAUAGCACAUAUCGAUAUUAUUGAUUUUUGUAUUUAAUUUUUAAUUAUUUUUUAACUAAUUUAGAAAGAUGAAAGUGUAUUUGUGUUUUGUCUUGCUGUACGUGACGUACGUGAAUGCUGGGUCCUUGCCCUCAUUCAUCAAGCCAUGCUCCCGUUCAGACCCUCAACUGAACCAGUGCGUUGAGAAGGUGAUUUCUGCAGCUGGAGCGAAGUUCACCGAGGGUAUCCCAGAGCUGGGCAUAGCACCCUUAGACCCCGUAGAACUGGGCACGGUGUUUGUGGACAAUCCUGCGUUGAAACUGACCUUCACUGACACUGUUGUGACUGGGUUAAAGGGAUUCAGGGUUAAUACUUAUAAAAUUAACCCCGACAAGGGUAAGGCUACCUUGGACUUCACCGCCAACGUGACGCUGAAGGCGCACUAUGUCAUGGACGGGCAGGUGCUCAUCCUGCCCAUCAAGGGAGAUGGAGAAUCCAGGAUCAAGAUCACAAACCUGAACAUCGUGGUGAAAUACGACUUCGUAGAGAGAGAUGGGCACUGGAACGUGCCCAGCUACAAGGACCACUACAAGAUGGACAGAGCACAGUUCAAGUUCACCAACCUGUUCGGCGGCAACAAGGAACUCGCACAAACGACACAAAGGUUCACAAACGAGAACUGGGAGAUCAUUAUGAGCGAGAUCGCUCCUCCGGCCAUCAAGCAAAUCAUCAAGAAGUGCGUGGAUCAAGUCAAUAAAUUCUUCGGAGCGAUACCGGCGGCCGAAUUACUGCCCUGAACGGAGACACAAUCCACCAAGUAAUAAACAUAAACUGGGAGCCUGUGAUGCGUGACAUAGGCCCGGUCGCCUUCCAACAAAUCAUCAAAAGAUGCGUCGACGAAGCCAAGAAACUGUUCGCGGCUGUGCCUCUCAACCAACUUCUAUUGCCGUGAACAUAACUACUCAUUUCACAGCGGUUAUGCCUCGAAACGCUUUUCACUUGAAACUUUGCUCAUGGCCAAAUUCCCAGAUUCAGUGGCGGCCCUAGGGGUGUGCGAACUGUGCCUUCGCACAGGGCCUCGCGCUUGGGGGGGCCUCGCGCUACAACCCACACUAAUAUAAAAAAAAAUAUAAUUAAAAAAUACAUAUAUAUCUGGUCCAAGAAAAAAAACAUUUUUCUUUAUUUAUUUCUUAUUCAUUCUGCGUUUACUUUUUGAGUUCUCAAUUUAACAAAAAAAUUGGAACACCAACGUAACAAAAACAACUCGAUGGCUCUCGAUCCAGUCACGGAUUCUUUUUAUUUGUGCUUAAUUCCGAGUUUAAUUUGAGAGUCCUUAAACAAUCAAUUUUAAAAAAUUCGCGCUAGCUACGCUCGCGGCUGUUCACUUGUCAGUACAGUUCAUUCUAACAUGAUUAGAGUACUUUUAUGUCCCAAAACUCUAAAAUUUUCGCGCUCGCUACGCUCGCGGCUGUUCGCUUGUCAGUACCGUUCAUUCUAACAUGAUUAGAGUACUUUUAUGUCCCAAAACUCAACAAUUUUCGCGCUCGCUACGCUCGCGGCUGUUCGCUUGUCAGUACCGUUCAUUCUAACAUGAUGAGAGUACUUUUAUGUCCCAAAACUCAAAAAUUUUUGCGCUCGCUACGCUCGCGGCUGCUUUAUUUUCCACUUCUUUUAUUUUUUUCAUCCUUUUUUAGCCGAACCUAGAAGGUAGCGCCGCUUGUAAGUCCUUUUAUUAACAAGAAAAUAACUCCUAGCUCACAACAGACUUUUCACGUAGGACAAAGGGCCUCGCAUAGACCUGCCGCACGUAGCCUCGCAAUGGCUAGGGCCGCCGCUGCCCAGAUUUUAGACCAUGAUCAAAAAUAUUUAGACCAUUUCAAAUACGAUCGUUAUUUUCAGUUGAAACAGUAAGUGUGACCAGUAUUUAGCUUAUAUUGGUCACACUUGCUUAUCUUCGAAAAUGGACCUUAGUUGUGCUUAUGUGACCAAAGAACCCGUUUCUAAGAUUUUGGACUAUCUUUUAUAGGAUAGUAGAACUGUUUUCAAGUACCUAAUGUUCAAGUGUUAGACAGUGUUUUAAUUGAGGUAUAACUGUUAAUAAAGUUUUGAGCUCUCUACUCGCAACUGUUUUGUCCGUUAGAGCACGUAGGUAUCUUCAGCACAAAUAAUUUCCGUACAAGACUGGAUGUGUUUGAUCAUUUGUUUGUUGGCGCAUUAGAUUAGCUUCGUAUAAUAGUAAUUGUGAUAAUUAUCUUAAGUAAAUUAAGUUGGUUUUAGAGUUAAUUUAUUCAAAAUAAAUUGGUGAAAAUGUG